AUGCAUGGUGGAAUAUCACCUGACUUGAAGAGUCUCAAGCAGAUACACGAUAUCAGUAGGCCAACAGACAUCCCAGAUAGCGGACUGCUUUGCGAUUUGCUCUGGUCUGAUCCAGAUCCACAGGUUGAAGGAUGGGGUGAAAAUGACAGGGGUGUUUCGGUUACAUUUGGGGUGAAGAAGCUUCGAGAAUUUCUGGAUUCAACCAACAUCGAUUUCAUAGCACGUGCACACCAAGUGGUGCAGGAGGGAUACGAGUUCUUUGGGGACAAGGACCUGGUGACUGUUUUUAGUGCACCAAACUACUGCGGUGACUUCAAUAAUGCAGCAGCAAUUCUAAACGUGGAUGAAUCACUUUGUUGCAGCUUCCAGGUACUGAAGUCGGCAACUACGGAUGAAAAUGGUGAUGCCAUGACACCAGCAAGUGAGAUGUAG